AUGGCAGCCAUGGCCGAAGGACGAAUGAAUUUAGCAGCGCUACAACAUCGCGAUCCUUUCAUUAUAGAUAUAAUUGACACAGCUGCCCAGGUAGCAUUGUAUAUCUUCAACUCCCAGGCAAAUGAAUGGGAAAAGACUGAUAUCGAAGGUACACUGUUUGUCUACACACGAUCAGCUGCCCCCAUCAACGGUUACAUGAUACUUAACAGACUAGGCUUGAACAAUCUUAUUGAGCCAAUAACUAAAGCUUUAGAGUUUCAACUUCAGGACCCAUUUCUUCUCUAUAAAAAUGCAUCAAAGAUCUAUGGUAUCUGGUUCUAUGAUAAAGAUGAAUGUGCCAGAAUCGGCCAGUUAAUGAACAGCUUGGUUCAAGUGUCCAGUGAUGCCCACAAGACACCCACAGAGCCUGGAAGACAACGACGAGCAUCAGAGAGCGAUACUUUCAAAGAGAGGCCACCGGAGGAAAUGACAAACGCUGAGAAAAAUGUUGAUAUUUUACAAAUGCUGAGCAAGGCUCAAGAUGAGUAUGACAAGUCAUCUAAAAGUGGUACAACACCCGUAAAGAAGGACAAGCCCAAGCCUAUGAUAGAUAACCCCAAUGCAGCAGCCACAAAACAUGCGACAAGUCUCAUCAAGCCUACUGCAGUCCUGGGACAUCUUGAGGGUGAAGGGGACGGACAAGCAAGUGCACCUCCAGUGACCCCUAAUACAGCUAUUAGUUUGGAAGCAUUGUUUAAAACUGCCAGUAUAGAUCAGCAUAAUGCAGCAGAUUUAGGUCAACACACAGAAUUACAUAGAUCUCACUCCGUUCAAGAUGCCACGAAAAGUACAGUGUCAGGUCCCGUCUCAGUAUCAGGUCCUGGAAUUCCAGAAUUUUUACAAGGUCUUAUGUCAAAUCAUGGUGCCACACCUGCAACUUUAGAGGAAAUUGAACGGGGGUCAUCCUCACAAGCCGUAAAAAAUGUCAAAUCUUCAAGUUCCGAAAAUCAUGAUCCACGUCAGGAUAUACCUGAAAGUCCGAACACUGACUUAAAACGCAGGUUGAAUAUGCUCCCGCCUCACCCUAGCACUAUCACUAAGCAUGUAGAUUAUAAAACUGUGCCAUUGCCUGCAGUCUCAGUUAGGCCUAAUGGAACGCAGAUUACUCAGGCAUAUUCUGAUGCCAUAUCUAGCAGUACGGUGAAAACUGCUGAAAAGGAAAUCUCAAAAGGGCUCAUUACUCCAGGAUCAAUGGCUGGACCAAGGUCUAAUGUAUAUAGUAGCCAGCAACAAGGGCUUAACUUAGUCACCCCUGGGGCCCUUAGUCAAACCUCCCUUCCUGUAAGUGCAGGAUCUAUGCCCCCUAAACAGUCACUGUCAGCAAGUUCCAGUACAAAUGUUUUAAUCACCCCUGAUGCUUUCCAAGCAAAGCCACAAGCAGCUUCUACUAGUGAAGCACCAACACAGAAGCCAGUCUUUAACCUUGGUGGUCAAGACUCUAUUUCCCCAGUGCCAUCUAUAGGAGGCCCUGCAGAGUUAAAUCCUCUCACAAAGGAACAGAUGCAACAAGCCCUAAUAUACAUGAUCAAACAUGACCCACACUUCAUGGCUAAACUACAUGAAGCUUACGUUAAGAGUUUAACUGAAAGUCUCUUUAGCAAACAUUAAAAAAGAUAUAUUGUACGGAUGUUUUAGGCUCAUUAGGAGAAGUUAUCACAUGGAAAAUGAGGCUCAUUAUUAGCAGAACUCAAGUUUUCCCAUGGAGGAGUAAUUAUUAAACUCUUUAGAAAGAGAAACUCAACUUUUUACAUGGAGUAUGUGAAAUGUUUAGGCUCAUUAUUAGCAGAAACUCAAGUUUUCCCAUGGAGGAGUAAUUAUUAAACUCUUUAGAAAGAGAAACUCAACUUUUUACAUGGAGUAUGUGAAAUGUUUAGGCUCAUUAUUAGCAGAAACUCAAGUUUUCACAUGGAGGAGAAGCAAUAUUUAG